ACGCCUAAUACCACAAUACAGCUCCUGCGUACAUGUUGAUAUUGUUGUCUGCUGUAUGCUGUUGAUAGCUCUGUAUCCCAGGACCUCACAAGGCUGAUAUUUAGCCCAACGCCGAUUGCGAGCAACGUGUUCGCAUUCUAACAAACAAUCCAAGGAGUAGAGGUUCACAGCAAAACCUUUGUUGAAUCCUACGUCCACUACUCUUCUACAAUCUUCCUCUCCGGCCUACGCUUCCUAUUCCCCACACCUGUUCUGAUCAAUGGCAGAACCUGCUGGCCUUGCUGUCAGUGUUCUCGCUCUUGCCACACUUUUCAACACCACUGUCGAAUGCUUCGAAUUCAUCCAGCUUGGCCGCAACUUUGGAAAGGACUUCCAGACGAGUCAACUCAAGCUUGACAAUGCGAGGCUCCGUCUGUCUCGCUGGGGCGCUUCCCUAGGAUUAGGCGACAACCCCCAAGACAUACAAUCGCUAGAUGAGCGCUUUGGUUCGCGUCAAAACACCGACCAGGCCAAAGCUCUACUGGGCCAAAUCCUCGCCUUGUUUGAUGAAGCUGAAGGCGUGUCGCAGAAGUACAAGACUCGGACAAAGGCUGGUGACAGCAGCCUUGCAGUAUUCGAUCCGCAAACUGAUCUCGAACCUACAAAUGCAGAUCUUCAUCGGAAAAUGCGGCAACUAUCUAUCGACCGGCAAAACCGGACCAGUCUAGUAGGAAAGGCGAAAUGGGCGUUGUACGAGGAAAAGCGCUUUAGAAGGCUGCUUGAGGAUGUCAUCGAGCUAGUCGGCAACCUCGUAGAACUCUUUCCGGCCAGUCAAGCGCUCCAGCAACGACUCUGCCAGAAAGAGGUGGCUGCGAUCGGUACGAACGGGGGCAUCUCGAUGUUACAGGAGAUCGCUGCCCAGCAGGAUAAGGCUUUGGAAGAAGCUCUUGGAAAAGUUACUAGUCAUGCGCGAGGGUUAACGAGUGUUGUAUUUUCAGGCAGCAACAAUUCUGGCUUCCAGCUCGGUUCCAACUCUGGUUCAAUCAGCGGGUUUACCUUUGGGAAAGGCAAUUGAUCGUCGCGAUAGGAUGAUAGUAGAGGAGAUGCGCAAAGGUGUUAGAGUUGGAAGGUUGAAAGAAAUUGGAAAGGAGACUAGCUUGAUGAAUAGCGAGAAAACUGAGUACUUGUUAUCCCUUCCCACGGCACUUUGGGUCCAAUGCUAUCGAUAAGGAGUCUGCCAAAUGAGGACUAGUCCCUUGGCCGAGCGAUUAGUUAACGUAAUCCACAAGUUAGUGGCCCGCACAAGCUAGU